UAAUUAAAGAUAAUGUUGUAGAUAGUGAGAUAGAUAAUACAGUAAAUGAAGCAAUAAAUGAGAUGAUAGAUGAGAUUGCAAAUAAAGUAGUAGAAGAGAUUGUAGACAAGAUAGAUAAGACAGUAGAUGAUACAGUAAACAAGGUUAUAGAAGAGAUAGAAGAAAUGAUAAAUAAAGAGAUAGACAAAAAUAUAAAUAAAUUUGUAAUAGAUGAAAUAAUAAAUAAAAUAAUAGUUGAUGAUAUGGCAAAAAAAUAG